UUUCAUUCUCGCGAGACUAUCAAGCAGGAAGAGACGAAGGCGAAGGUCAAGAAUUAAACAUGGCGGCCCGCAGUGUGUUAGGGUCUGUUUGGACCUCAUUUGCAGGCUUAAAAUUAGGGGCUACAAGCACCAACGUGACCGCCCUUCAAAGGAUUAAUGUUCCUCAGCUGUCUGCUUUAAGCAUCCAGAGCAGAGGGAUCCGCCAAGUGGUGGAGAAACAAGAUGGUAAAACAACAACGAUUGAGGGACAAAUCGUGGACAUUCCUGCAGGACCACAACCUCCAAACCCCACAGCCAAGUGUCCUAUCUACAAAUGGAACCUGCAGCACAAAUACAACUACACGGAUGUCUUGUUGCUCAGUCAGUUUAUCAGGUCAGAUGGAGGGAUGUUGCCCAGGAGAAUCACUGGUCUCUGUCCAGAGGAACAUCGCAAGAUUGCCAUCUGUGUUCAGAUGGCUCACAGAGCAGGUCUACUCCCCGACCACACACCCAAACUUCCAGAGGGCCAUGUACCAAAGAGGCCCAAGCCACAACUUAACAGAUACCUGACUCGUUGGUCCAUUAACUCAGUGAAACCCAUUUAUAAAAAAGGACUGAAGUGGUGUAAGAAGCGCAUGCCUGUUGGCCACCCAGCACUCAAGGACAAUGUGUGCUACAGUGUCAAGCCUGUUUACAUAAAACACUGAAGGACAGAAAGCCUGACAGAUCAAUACAGCAGCUCUAGGAGAGUAGGAGGGCCUAUUAUGCAAGGAUGCAGUGGAUUUCCAAGUCUUUCAACUACAUCUGUAGUUUACCCAGACUUUCGUCAUACUUCCCUGGGAAAAGGCUUAAAAGCUUCAUCCAUCUGUAUUUAUUCUACCUUUUGUUUAUUAAGCUGCAUCAUGCUUUUAAUGAAUCAUGCUGAGCCCCUCCCAGAACCAUCAAUUUUGUUUCUGUGGGUUUUCAAAAAGCCCUUGAAGUGAACUCAGUGACAACUCAAUGUGAGCAACAACUAGGUCAGUGUUACAUUUUCAAAGUAGGUGGUAUGUUGACUGUGUAUACUCAAUGCAACACAGAUGUGCAAAUAAAAUCUGCCUGUUUAUUCUGCCUCUCAACGUGCGUACUGUGCAGGAAUACCUUUUAUGCAUAAGAACUAAAU